AUGUCUUUAGAUAAGUUGAAAAGAGUACGAAGAGGGCAUCGUGCCUUCGCGACGAAAACAAUUCAAGGUGUAAACAAAGUUUGCCAGUCUUACAAUGGAACGCUAUUGGAAAAGGAAAGACUACAAAGCUGGAAAAGUACGUUAGCUGGUAAGAAGAGUGUUUUAAAACAGCAAGAUGAUGCAAUAAUGGAACAGUUAGACAAGGACGAAGACAUUAACAGUGAUAUUUUAAAAAGCAGUGAAUUUGGUGAGUCAAUUGCUAGAGCACUUGUUAGAAUUGAUCUAGCAUUGACCAGUACUGAAAGUAACGGACAAGGAAGUAGUAAUUUGAGUAAAGCAUCAACUGGCUCAGAGCCAUCAGUGAAGUCAAAAUUGGCAAAACUAUCAUUGAUGCGAUUUUCGGGUGAUCCCAAACUUUGGCAUGCAUUCUGGGACAGUUUUUCAGCAGCAGUUCAUGAAAACGAUGAGGUGUCUAAAGUUGACAAAUUUAACUAUUUACGAAGUUUACUGGACGGUAUAGCAGCAUCAGCAAUAGAAGGAUUUUCACUGACUAAAGAGAACUAUGAUGCUGCAAUAAAUUUACUACAGGAUAGAUUUGCAAAAACUCAAAUCAUUGUAUCCAGCCACAUGGACGCCUUGUUGAAGUUAAAUGCCAUAAAAGAUAUAAACCCAUGUUAG